AAAAUAAACAAAAUUUCAGCUGAUCAGUCACAACUCACGUUUAUCGUUUUAACUUUUUACCUAUUUAAAACUAUAACUUUCAAGAUGAUGCCAGAACCAGAAAACUGUCCCGGAACACAAAGUGCAAACGCCGGGCUUGGUAGUGCAUGCCAAGGAUGUCCCAAUCAACAAAUAUGCAGUGAUCCUAACAAAAAACUUGAAGACCCUGGUAAAGCUCUUGUAGCCGUUGCCAUGAAAGAUGUGCGUAAUAAAUUGCUGGUCUUAUCUGGCAAGGGAGGCGUGGGGAAGAGUACGGUGACUAUGUUGUUAUCUCGUUUUUUGGCCAGAAAAUACAGCGAAAAAAAUUUCGGUGUUUUGGACAUCGAUAUUUGUGGACCCUCACAACCCAGACUUUUGGGUGUGGAAGGGGAAAAUGUGCAUCAAUCAGGAUCGGGAUGGUCGCCGGUGGGUGUGGAUGACAAUAUUUGCUUAAUGUCCAUAGGAUUCUUGUUGGGUUCACCCGAUGAUGCUAUAAUUUGGCGCGGACCCAAAAAGAAUGGCAUGAUUCGGCAAUUCUUGAGUGAAGUUGAUUGGGGCAAUCUGGACUUAUUGCUAUUAGAUACGCCACCUGGGACAUCAGAUGAACAUCUCUCGGUUGUUUCUUAUUUGCGUGAUGAUACGCAACCGAAUGACUUAAAAGCCAUCAUUGUUACAACGCCUCAAGAAGUCUCUUUGUUGGAUGUACGUAAAGAAAUAAAUUUUUGCAAAAAGCAGCGUAUCGAAAUAUUAGGUGUUGUUGAGAACAUGAGCAUAUUCCGCUGUGGACAUUGCGGCAAAACUUCUGAAAUUUUUCCAGCCAAAACGGGUGGAGCCCGUGCUAUGUGUGAAGAAAUGCAAGUGCCGUUUUUGGGAUCACUUCCGUUGGAUCCUGAAUUGACCAAAGCAUGUGACAAAGGGGAAGACAUUACAUCUUUAAAAAGUUCAACAACCGAAGCUUUGGAAAAGAUAUGUGAAAAUAUAGCAAACAUACUGUGAGAUAACUUUAAAAAUUUAAAUUUCUUAAUAAAAAAAGCUUUGAUUGCGACAGUUA